GUCACAUUUUCAAGCUUUUAUCUGCAACCACGAGGGCUAGAAACUUACCUUUGUUUCAAAUAAAGCUGCGUGUCUCACACAUGACUCCUGGAGAUGGGGCUUUAAGGAAAACAUCAAAUAUUGUGAGACUUGCAAUAAAAUCACCAGAAUUGUCAACAGAGGGGAAUUAUUUAUAUUUACUUGGUAAGAAGACAGAUCAGCACAAACAGUUUCACAAGCUCUGAGUUUUAUUUGGGAUUUUGUUUUAAAUGGAUUUGUUUUUCUAGCAGGGCAAAAAGGUUUACAGUGAUAAAAGGAAGGGAGUGAAAUUCAUAGAGUUCUUGGUCCUUCAGGUUUCAGACAGAAUCAGGAUGUGUUGUAGGUGGUGGAGAUCUUAAUAAAGGAUGGAGUUCCAACCAUCAGAUGUGUCCUGACUAUCUGAUUGCCCAUGGAAUCAUUUGUCUUUCUGCUCCCACUGCACUCCCUGCCUGAGUAAACUGUCAAACUCCCAGCUGUUAUGCUGUUACCUGACACUAAUUGCAUAUGGUUAGAUAUUAAGCUGGGCUGGGAAUGAUCAGGGUCUGGAUGGAUGCCAGAGAAGGCCGUGAAAUCGGCGGUGACUUGGGGCAGUGAUCCAUUCUUAGAUCAGCAAAGUAACAACCUGCUCCUGGCACUCCAGCUGUUGUCCCGUGUUUCCCAAGGCAGGAAAGUGAAAGCUAACUCAGCUCAGGCAGGAAAGCGAACGCUAACUCAGCUCUACUCCCCGGAGGCACCAUGAACCCAGCCCUGCACCGCCCGCGUCUGGUUGUUUGUUCGAGCUGCCAGGGCCCCUAUAAGAUCCUGGUGACCUUUAAAGGGUGCAAGCACAAGUUCUGCCGCUUCUGUGUCAUCACCUUCAAGGGGGAGUCGGGCACAGCCACCUCCUGCCCCCUGUGCCACAAGGCCCCUAGGCACGGAGAGGACAAGCUCCAGGGGCAGCCGGGCAGCGGGGCAGAUGAAACUGAAAAAAUCAGUCUGGAAGUGGACAAAGAGGCUGAGGUGGAGCGGGUGUGCUGGGAACACCAGGUGGUUCUGGACCUGUUCUGCACAGAGGAUCAAACCCCCAUCUGCAUGAGCUGCAGGGACUCCCAGGUUCACCGCGCUCACGCUGUGGUUCCCAUUGAGGAGGCUGCCCAGGAGUACAAGAUAGGGUGCCGUGCCUCUUUUUCAGCCUCUCCCUGUAGCUGGCAGCAGUGACAGUGAAAUUCAGCACAAAGCCCAGGCACCACUUACACGAGAGACCUUCUGCCCCACACGUCUGCCCUGCGCUGCUGUCAACGCUAGGGAGGGACACAGAAGCCUGGCCAUAGCGCCCAUGAGCCAGGAAACAGCUGUGCCUGAGAAAUACUCUGCCCUGCCUCCUCUAACUGCGCUCCCACCAGGCCUGUGUCCUCCUCUUACCUUGUGUUCCAUUGUUGUGUGGCUGGACCAGUGGUGGAUGGCUGCUUGGGGCAACGAGGCCUGUGCCCAGGGGCCCUGGUCAGUUUGGGGCCCCCAGAAAAAUCCCCCUCAGGGUCUGGAGGAGCUUUCACUCCCCGCUGUGGCCCUGGGGCACAGUGCGUCUCUGGUCUUAGGGCUGCACAAAGAUCAAAGCCAGAAGGAGACACCAAAUAUCUAGUCUGACCGCCUGUGUAUCAAAGGCCACCAACAGCUCCCAGCACCCGCACUCUAACCCAUCUACCAAAAUUAGACUAAAGUAUGACAGCCACUGGUGCCAAUUAGGGGGUCUGCAGGUGGUGAAAGCUCCCCUUCCCCUAGGCUUUUCCACUUGUUCAAAAUUUAAUAGGCUGCAAAGUCAGGGGGACAGGGCAAGGCAAGGCCCCUUUAAACAACUGAAAUUAAUACAGCUGCUGCUGGAGCGGUCCAGAGCAUUUA